GAAAGAGGCGGGUCCUUUCGUGCGGGUGCGUUAGUUCCGUCCGUUGCUGCAGGCCGUCCUUGCGCUCGCUUGGCUCGCUUUCCCCUCCUCCCCCCUCGCGCUGCUUCGAACUGCGAAGAGAAAGAGAGAGAGGCGCGCGGCGGAAGGAGAGACGACGAAGACGACAAAAUGGAGGACAGCGACAUGGACAACAUGGGCUCCCUUCGGCCGCAGACCUUCCUCUUCGGGUGUGAACUAAAGGGGGACAAGCCGUUUCAUUUCAAAGUGAAUGAUGAAGAAAAUGAACAUCAGCUUUCUUUAAGGACGGUUAGUUUAGGAGCUGGUGCUAAAGAUGAGUUGCAUGUUGUUGAAGCAGAAGCCUUGGACUAUGAAGGCAAUCAGAUUACAGUCACACUGGCAUCAUUGAAAAUGUCAGUCCAACCAACGGUUUCGUUGGGUGGUUUUGAAAUUACGCCACCGGUAAUUCUGAGAUUGAAGUGUGGCUCAGGGCCUGUUUAUGUCAGUGGUCAACAUCUUGUAGCCUUAGAGGAAGAACCAGUAUCUGAAGAUGAAGAGGAUGACAAGGUACAACACAAUAUGGCAAAAAGGCCUGCAGGAAUGACACUGGCCAAGGUUCCACAGAAAAAAGCAAAGCUGGCAGAGGAUGAUGAUGAUGAAGAAGACGAUGAUGAUGAAGAAGACGAUGAGGAGGACGACGAUGAUGAUGACGAUAUGGAUGAAGAUGAGGAGGAAGAAAAGACUCCAGCAAAAAAGCCUGCCAGAGAUUCAUCUGUGAAGAAGACACCAAAAUCAAACCAAAAUGGAAAAGAUUCUAAGUUGGCAACUCCAAAGCUGAAAACUCUAGAAACUCAUAAAGAGAAAAAACCACAGACUCCAAAAUCACCGAAAACUUUCACUUUGGAUGAAAUAAAAGCAAAAAUGCAGGCAGCUGUACAAAAGGGAACUACCCUUCCUAAAGCAGAAGCCAAGUUUGUGAAUUAUGUUAAGAAUUGCUACAGGACAGAAGACCAUAAGGUUAUUCAAGCACUCUGGCAGUGGAGACAGACUCUGUAAGCAAGAAGUUAAAUGGUUCCUUUUAAGUUACAGUUUUAUGUGUUUAACCAUUCAUAUCUGGCUGUCCUUUUUAUAAAUGCUAAAGCUUCUCCUACAGCGUCUGAUUAAUGUUGUCCAGAAUGUUUUGCCAAGAAUAUGCUGUUCAAAAUGCCUGUUAAUUUUUUUUUUAAGACCGGGACUCUACCCUGUUCAUUUCAGUUAUGUUUGGAAUGUUUUGAUAAUGCAUAGUAGUGAUGGUCAGAAAAUGGAAAUGGGAAAAGUAAAUGUAAAUGUGAAAAUAAAAUUUAGUAUUUUAAGUA